CACAUAUGCAUGGGUUCAAGCUCAAGCUUCAAGGGUUGUACUAGUAGAAGACUGCCUCUCUCUCUCUCUCCACAGCGAUGGGAAGGAGCCUGAGUCUCAAGUGGUUCGACUUGCAGUCUUUUCUCACGCUCUUCGCCUUCAUGAUCCUUUUUCGAUGGAUACCUGCUCUCCAUGGCUUUCCAGAGCACUCGACGACGUUAGCGAUGGUUCACAGUUUAUACCCGAGACUGUUUGCUCCACACUGUCUGGUUCAACGCGAAUAUGCUCGCGAUCAUAUGCAAACUCAAUCUCUCAUAGCAGAACCACGUUCUACGUCGCCUCUUCCGCGCGGGCAGGCCGCAUUAACUUCUGUACUUGGAAAUAUCAAUGCAUACCACUCUAUCAUGAUACCUCAUCACCCAGACAAUAUAGUUGUUGAUCGGUAUUCUAACUAUUGAACCAUAUAAUCAGACUCGCGAUCUGCGGAAGCGCAAUCACUGCAACAUCGGAGAGGAGUGUAGCAAGGGAAGAUAUUUCCAUGCAAGCUGACCCGUACGAGAGCUGUAUGGCGGGAAGUUAUGGAUUGCUACUACCCAAGUACCUCUUC